GAAGUAAAGCAGAUGUUAGGAAGCUAACGCUGGUCCUGUGUUUUCUCCUGUCGUUGGCAGAUCCUCAUAGAGUUCUGUGCAGGAGGGGCAGUGGAUGCCGUCAUGCUCGAACUGGAGAGACCCCUGACCGAGCCGCAGAUCCGGGUGGUGUGUAAGCAGACCUUGCAGGCGCUCGUCUACCUCCACGAAAACAAAAUCAUCCACAGAGACUUGAAGGCCGGCAACAUCCUCCUCACUCUGGACGGAGACGUGAAGCUGGCUGAUUUUGGCGUAUCGGCCAAAAACACAAAGACGCUUCAGCGGAGAGAUUCUUUCAUUGGAACGCCUUACUGGAUGGCCCCUGAGGUGGUGAUGUGUGAGACCUCCAAGGACCGUCCAUACGACUACAAGGCCGACAUCUGGUCCCUGGGGGUCACCUUAAUCGAGCUGGCGCAGGUCGAGCCCCCGAACCACGAGAUGAACCCCAUGAGAGUCCUGCUGAAGAUCGCAAAGUCCGACCCGCCCACACUGAUGCAGCCGUCGCGCUGGUCUCCAGAGUUCAGCGACUUCCUGAAACGUUGCCUGGACAAGAACCUAGACAGCAGAUGGACCGCAGCGCAGCUUCUUCAGCAUUCGUUCGUCUCGACUGUGACUGACAGCCGGCCGCUGAGGGAGCUGAUAGCCGAGGCGAAGGCUGAGGUCACCGAGGAGAUCGAAGAGCACAAAGAGGAAGAGGAGGAGGAAGAGACCGAGGCACAUCUGGGCCACAAACGGGCUCCGUCUGACGUCAGCGUCGCCAGCUCCGAGGACGAAAAGAUCCCUCUGUCGCCCUUGGAAUCAGUCCCUGAGAAGAUGGAACCGAUCCUACCAGUUCCUUCCCCGGCCAAGCUUCCCGACUCCAACCAUGUGGCGGAAACCGUCUCCACAGAAGAACCUGCUGCGCCUGCUGCACAGGAGCAACCACAGGAAGCUCCAAACACUCCAGUUCCAGAAGAACCUAAAGAGAAACCGUCAGAGGAGAACGUUCCAGAGGCCGUGUCUGAUGCCACUUCACCGGGGUCAGAGGCCGAACCAGACACACCGUCCAAGGAGCUGCAGCAGCUGGAGAUAGACGUGGAGGAUGAAAAGGAAGUGGACACGGCCGAGGUUCCUGGGCCUCCUGACUCACCUGCUGCACCAGAAGGAAACACUCCAGCUCAGGAAGAGGAGGAGGACCGAUACAAACAUCUCAAGGUGACUCUAACUCUACCUGAGCCAGAGCAGGAAGUCCUGAAGAAGGAAAACGGAGAGCAGCCGGUAGAAAAAGACAGAAUGAAUGCUGAAGAGGAGAAGAAGGUUCCGGACAAAGCCAAAGACGAAAAAGAGCGAGAUUCUGACUCAGGAAGGGGCUCGGCUGCAGACAACAGCUCAGUAGACCUCAAUCUGUCCAUUUCCAGCUUCCUGUCCAAAACAAAGGAGCCUGGUUCUGUUUCUAUACAGGACUCCAAACGGCAGAAGAAGACGCUGAAGAAAACUCGUAAGUUCAUGGUGGAUGGGGUGGAAGUGAGCGUCACAACAUCAAAGAUCGUCACUGACAACGACACCAAGAACGAGGAGAUGAGAUUCCUCAGGCGGCAGGAGCUGAGGGAGCUGCGUCUCCUGCAGAAGGAGGAGCAGAGAGCCCAGCAGCAGCUCAGCAACAAGCUGCAGCAGCAGAAGGAGCAGAUCUACAGACGCUUUGAGCAGGAGACCACUAGUAAGAAGCGUCAGUACGACCAGGAGGUGGAGAACCUGGAGCGGCAGCAGAAGCAGACCAUCGAGAGGCUGGAGCAGGAGCACACCAACCGGCUGCGAGACGAGGCCAAGCGCAUCAAAGCUGAGCAGGACAAGGAGCUGUCCAAGUGCCAGAACAUGCUGAAGAACUGCAAGAAAGAGGAACAGGAGUUCCUCCAGAAGCAGCAGCAGGAUCUGGACAGCGCGCUGAAGAAAAUAAUCCAGCAACACAAGCACGAGCUGGCCACCAUAGAGAGAGACUGCCUGAACCACAAGCAGCAGCUGCUCAGAGCACGAGAGGCUGCAAUGUGGGAGAUGGAAGAGCGCCACCUGCAGGAGAAACACCAGCUGUUCAAACAGCAGCUGAAAGACCAGUACUUCAUGCAGAGACACCAGCUGCUGAAGAGACAUGAGAAGGAGAUGGAGCAGAUGCAGCGCUACAACCAGCGCCUCAUCGAGGAGCUGAAGAGCAAACAGACGCAGGAGCGAGCCCGGCUGCCCAAAAUCCAACGCAGCGAAGCCAAGACGCGCAUGGCUAUGUUCAAGAAGAGCCUCCGCAUCACCGCAGCACUCAUCACCCCCGAGCAGGAGAGGGACAAGGUCAAGCAGUUUGCAGCUCAGGAGGAGAAGAGGCAGAAGAACGAGCGUCUACACCAGCAGCAGAAACACGACAACCAGAUGAGAGACCUGCAGCUGCAAUGCGACGCCAACAUCCGGGAGCUGCAGCAGCUGCAGAAUGAGAAGUGUCACCUGCUCAUCGAACAUGAGACCCAGAAGCUGAAGGAGCUGGACGAGGACCACAGCGUGGAGCUGAAGGAGUGGAGGGAGAAGCUCCGGCCCAGGAAGAAGGCGUUGGAGGAGGAGUUCGCCAGGAAGCUGCAGGAACAGGAAGUGUUCUUCAAGAUGAGCGGGGAGUCAGAGUGCCUUAACCCGACCACCCAGAGCCGCAUCUCCAAGUUCUACCCGAUCCCCACCGUCCACUCCACCGGGUUCUAACCCAAACGGGCCGACAAAGGACAGGAAGUCUGAGGAGCUGCUGCGGCGCCCCUUCAGUCGCCACAACCCAGUGCCUGAUGAACCGGAAAUAUCUCCACCUUCAGAUCCCUGCAGACGUUUACACUACGGAUCGCUCUCUGUUUUUUUAUGGUCAAACAUGAAUCAGUCAGUCAAUUCUAAGUGAUUAUGAUACAGAAUGUAUUUGUGGCUAAAACACUCCUAUUGAAGGAACGGGUUACAGCAGAUUUUCAUCCAGAUAGUUUAGAUUUUGUGGUUCUGUUGAGGCUCUGAUGCUCAUCUCCUGGCUGACAUGGAUGCAGUUUUUUCCUUCUGAAUGCCUUCAGGUUUGUUGUAAAAUAUUUCAAAGACACUCAUGGUUUUUAUUCUCUAAGGAAGCAUCAACUUAUCAGCUCCAACAGCAAAGAAAGAAAAAUCUGGAAAAUGAAGAAACGUUUGUGUAUUUUUAUCUUCUGAUGAUGUAUUUUGUUUCUUAAAAAGCCCAAAGUAGAUCUGUUAGCCUUAAUCAUUUAGAUGUAUUGUAAAGUUGUUACUGCGACUUUAAGGAUUCAGAUGUGUUGUGGAGGUUUUUAUUCUGUAUUCAAGAAAACUAAACUAAACACAAAAAUUAAUUUCUUUUCAUUUACUUUUAUUAAUUUAAAAAAAACUGGACCUGACUGGUUUAGGCCUUUCUGACCUCUGAUUGGUUCAACUCGUUAUUGUUUUUCUUGAUUGGCUGUUCUGAGUUGUUAAAUAAAUAUAAUGAAGGAGUGCUGUGCACCUUUUUUUAGAAAAAUAUUUUCAAUUACUAUUUAUACGAAAACUGCUCAGCUUCCUAAAUUCAGACUGAAAACAAAAACAUAUCGACUCAUUAAUUCAUUUUUUAAAUACAUGUAUAGUUUUUAGAAAUGCUUGUAUAAUGUUGAUUUUCAUUCUGCUGUAAAUAAAAUAUUUCCUC